AACGAAGAAACAUUCAGGUGAGGAUUUAAAUGGAGAUCAAGAUGACAAUAAAGAAGACGACGAUAAUCCUUUAGAUUUGAUUGCACCCAAAGAACCAGUCGAUAGCAAUGGUCAUGGUCCUUACAUACCAGGUUCCAAAACCGAUUUAGACAAACGACAUGAAAGUUAUGAUGUUUUAGUAAAAAACACUGUUGAACAAUUGCACGGACCACAAGAAGAUCCAACUGACCAGUUUUGGCGUAAAGUAGCAGAGAAGGCUACGAAAGAUGACAAAAACCAAGAUAAUAUGAAAUACAAUAAAAAAAACGGAACUCUGAAAUUGCCGUACGUGAACGUUACACAGAACUUUCAAUUUGCUAAGAAAAUGCAUGCAGGUAAUUUAGAACACGAUCCCUUACCUGAUACUUUGGGUUAUCGUAACAUGACUAAAGUGGGAGAGCAUAGAGAUUCAGAUAUCGUCGUGAAGCCUUAUGCCAUAGGGUGGAAAGGUUAUGGUGCAUCAGGCCCAACAUGCUGCACAAAAAUGCGUGUUCAUCGACCUAAAACAUGUGAUCCGAAAAAAAAUGACGGUGGAGCUGGUGAUCUUAAACAGCGCCCAGCGACAUCUGCUCUGGAUUUAGGAGGCGAAUACAAAAAACCCAUGUCUUUAAUGGAUUUGGCGAUUUGCUGGGAUUUUAAGGCAGAUGACCCCAAGAGGGAACCCAGACCGCCAAAACACAUCGAUGGAUCGAAUGGGUCGCAGGCACCGGCCGUUUUUACAGUGGUAAACACGCCUAAGGAAGAAGUAAGUGAAACAAUAUUAACACACGCAUACCCUAUCUUUAAUCAAAACCGAAACUUGGAUAACGUGGGACGUCAUAGUGUACCACAUUUUGAGAAAGAUAUGACUAAAGAAAAACGUAAGGAAUCUUGUGAUGUGCAGUACUGUCCACAACAUAAUCAAACCGAAAAAACGAUUAAAUCUCGAUCUUCAAGUAGAAAAAGUUCAAUUCAAUCUGGAGGAAAAUCUCAAUGUGAUGGAAUUAAUGGAUGUGGGACACUUUCCGAUAUAAGUCAAAAUUUAAACCGGGAAAAUUCGAUACCGAAAAUGAAGCACAUAAAAGAAGCUUGGAAUUCUGAAAAGAGUAAAAAUUCUAAGUAUGAUAUUAAUCGCAACCGUCAUAGUUUGGAGUCCUAUGAAAAAACACCCCUAGCCCAGGGUAAGUUACAACAAAGUUCACCAAAUGAAUCCGAGAUAUCGAAACACUCUCCCAAAGAAUCCUCCAAAAAUAGUGAAACCACUAACACAAAUACCAAACAUAAACACUGUUUCUCUUGUAACGGAGUAAAAGUGUCUCAAGAAAGAAAACAAAAAGAUGAGUAUAAAUUCGCCUUUAAAGCAGGUAACCCAAAUUCCGUUCAAAGCACUAGCUCUAAUGACUCUAAGGAAUUGAAAAUACCGAAGAUGCGUCAUCCAUAUACAAAAAAGUCAUAUACUAUUCCUACUUUAGCUCCCCCCUUUAGUAUUUGGCGGGAUGCCAACGCUACAGGUUAUCCAGAACAUUGGAGACUGGCAAGUGUAUACCAACACGCUUACAAACCACCUGAACAGCGACGAAAACCUCUUAUCGAAAGUGUAUAUCAAUAAAAAAAAUACAAAUGGAUACCUAAUUGUGUACGUUUGUGAUUGAGUGCAAUUAUUAAAAUAUAAAUAUUCUAUCGACAA